AUGUUUCACGCUACCUCGGAAUAUCAAGCCCGUCUCACCACUUUUGAACUCCUGGUAGCCGAUGAGAAAACUGCCUUCGACACUCUUCUAGUCAUCUCAUUGCUUCUGUGCCUAUGCGAGGUCAUUUUACCCAACGAAGAUGGCCCUUCGUUAAGUGCAUUUGGCCUAGCCUUUGAGGCAAGAUUGACCGUUUGGAUACUAAAUACCGAUCGGUCCCCUAUCGCCUUACGUAUCUGUACCUGGCUACAACUUUUACACGUUGCUACCAAACGAUCGGGAUGUUGCGGUUUACUACCAGAAACGGUGUUUCAGCUCCUAAGCGACCAUAUUACUGAGGUGCCUAAUCUCCCUCCACUAGGCAACAGCUCAGAUUCAACAAGUGCCAUGUACGACAUCAUAAGCUCUCCGGUAUUUGCUUUUUAUCUACAGCUUCAAAGAAUUUCGAAUCGAAUUCAAGAUCUUAGUCACUACCGUCGAUCAAGGAUCACACCGGAAGAUCAAGAAGAAGUUACUGAAAUCGUGACCAACCUGAACAAUGCUCUGUCAACUCUAUGGAUUGCCCGCCCAAGCCCACUGCAAUUUCAGCCAGGUCAGCUCCGAGAAAAUUUCUGCCCAAUGAUUGCAGAACCUCUUGUUGCUCUAGUCGGAGUUUGUACAGCGGCAUAUUAUGGUGAGAUAGUCGGUCUUAGGCGCACGCUUGGUGAUGAUCCAUUUCCUUCUCCCGAGUCUCAGCAACCCAUGAGCCGAAUUCGGGACAUUGUUGAAGGGGAAUGGAAUGCUUUAAGCAAAGGCACUCUUAAUCCAGGAUACAUACGGCCGCUCUUCUUGUAUUCUAUCGAAAAUCUUGAACAGGAUGAGACGGAAUGGGCAAUGGCUCGCCUGAGACAAGUCCAGAGUCCUAUAAGUAGAAGUGAGUUUAUCGCAGCUUUGGGAGAGGCACUUGGGAGAGAGCAGAGGACGGAAAAGAGGAGGGUGGCCACAAAAUACUUUUGCAAUGGAGCCUUUAAUACAAUGGUCCCACGCAUGUAG